AUGGACAAUUCUUAUAUAUUUUCAAAUAAGCCUCCGAUAAUCCAAGCUCAUGACGGUCCUAAGUUUCAACACAAAACCAAACUAAAACCUAGAAAGGAAAAGGUUGCCUCAAUUCCUUGUAAUAAAAAAAAAGCCGUUACACAAUCUUUGUAUAGUUUAUCUAUAGAUACAUCAACAACAUCUAGAACAGAAAUAUCCUUGAAAAACAAUUUUGAGGAUUUAUCACAAAUUGCUGUAACUAAAACAGAUGCUGUUGGUUUCGUUGAUGCACCAAGCUCUAAUGUUCCGGUGACUAUUACUAAUCAUGAGAGCCAUUAUGUUCCUAAUAUAUGGGCAAAAGAUGUAGAUUUUGAUUUGGACCCCUUUGAUGAUGAUGCAAACCAAGUCACAAGUACCGGUCGAGCUGGUGGCAAGUUUCAACCCAAGACUAGACCUAAAGCUUGUAUCGUAGACCCUGAGGGCGUUGUAGAUAACUGUAGGAGCCCACAAGUAAUGACCUCUUCUCAAGUAGCUGUCAUAGAUUCUUUGCUUUUACAGGUUGCCGUUUCCAAUGGUUGUCAUGAUUCGCAUUCUAGUUUUGGACGAUCAGCUGGGGAGAAUGCAGAUAUAUUUUCUGGGUUGGAAUGUCUCGACCAAUUUCGUACUCAAUUUUCUGGUAAGAAUGGAGGUAUUCAGAUUGAUGAUGAAAGAACGGGAUCACAGGAAGCAGGGGCCUCCCCUGAUGUGGAGACCAUUGCUUCUGGACGGCAUGCUGGAAAAUUCAAACAGACCAGGUUACAAACUAGUGUGGUCGCAUCUCAACCUGCUGUGGUUGAUACUGUUAUGCAUCCUGCAAACUUUCCGUUUGUUCCUUCUGAAACUGUGUGCGUGGAGAAGUCAAUUCCUUAUCGCUCACCCAUGCAUGUAGGUGCUUUUAUUCCUCCAGAUCCUUCUACCUCUGAGUUCCCAGCGAAUGAGGAAUUGACAAACCUCACAGAAGCUUCUAACCCAGGUGUUACACUUUCUGGAGAUGUUCCUGGCAUGCCUGGAAAGCUGAGCUCUAAUAGCAGCAAAAAGAGGGCCUCUCCAAUACCGAAUCCUUCUCAAAAGUCCAAACAAUCUUCUGCCAGUGAUGGGGGGAAUGAAAAUGGUAAAGCAACAAAGCAGUUGAGAAGGCAGGUAACUAGUCCUAAGCUUGUUGAUGAUCAUGAGGAUGGGACUUGUAAUGAUGACGACCCAGCCACUGAACCUCCCACUAGUUCUGUUAUAGAUGAGGAUAGAGAUGAUGAUGGCGAUGAAUAUAAUGCAGAGAGUGCAUUUCCAAAAAGGAGAACUUAUAGGAGGUCAAAGAAACCCAUGUCCGAAAAUGAAAAACCUCCUCGGAAGCAUAAGACAAUUAAAGAAAAACAGGUUGAAAAGCAUGAGAAAGUGAAUGAAGUAUCAGAUCAACCAACAAAAGAAUGGCCCCGGAAGUUUUCUCAUUCAACUCGUGGAAAGAGAAGAUUUGUGGACGAGUCUUUACUUCACACUUUGCAAAGGUGGCCUUGGAAGAAUAUCAUUCUGCUUGGGCCUGGUUUCUCAUUGAUACAACUUUUUCUUGGAAGAAGUCAUCAUCAGACUGAGUUGAAAUUCAAGAAUGAAGAGCGUUGAUAUCCAUUGAGGCUUUCUAAGCCUUUAGCA